GGCAACACAGGCAGCACGAUUCACUCCCACCCUCGGGCUUCACAGAUCCUAGACACAGGAAGAUCCCGGUAUGGGGGAUUAAUUAGGCAGUUUGCUCUUUCCUCUCUUUGUCCGUGUCGCUCUCUGUGCAUUGCAUCUUGCAUCUGCGUCUACACUCGCCUCUUUCGCUUCCCUCUCCUUCCUUCCUUCCUUCCCUGUUUCCUCCCUCCUCCCUCCUUCCUUCCUCCUCCUUCCCAUCCCUCUGCCCAUCUCGCCCGAGAUCCCAUGUUACCAUCAUGGAUUUCGUCAUUCAUCGCUUCGGUGGCUAUGAGUUCUCUCCCUACGAUAGAAAUCAAUCUACCCACGUCUCUCAGCAGUCUUAUCUAACAAGCCUCUACCAGACUCCAUCAAAAUUGCCAGAGAUACAGUGGCUCAAUGAUGUCUCUGAAUUCGCACAAUCCGGCACUCCCCAAGCUGCGGUCCUCGUCUUGUCCCUGUUAUGGCUCGCCGUUCGCCUGGUUCAGUUGCGCCGAGAAAUCUUCGUCCAUCGAUCAAAAGCAUCCAAGAUCCACUGGCCCUACGAACUCCUCUCCCAGGCGGCCAGACUCGCCUCCAUCUCCUUUCUCUCCCUUGCCUACGUUGAGGGUCGCGUUCACGUUCUCAAUGUAGUUGUCCCCGCCUAUGCGUUCCUCCUAGGCCUCCUGCGCCUCUUCAACGAUCUUCAAUGGCGUCAUGUGGCUCUCCACCAGGUCAACUCUGUGUUCACAAUCAUGCUUCUUCUGCUCGCCACUGCCCACUAUCUCCCAUGUAUCCAGGUGGGGUCCCAGUGCUUGCGUGAUACCAGCUUGAUCGGAGCCAUUGCCGCUCUUACCCUCACGUUUGUCUUGGCGUUGAUGACUCCAAGAGAAUGGGUGCCUCCCAAGAUUGACAUCAACAUCCCAGGCCGUAGCCUCGAUGACGAGCCCGCCCCCGAAGAGACUUGCAGCUGGCUCACCUUCUACUGUACCUACGACUGGCUGACACCCACCAUAUGGAAGGGGGCCAAGGGCAAGCUUGAAAUGGCUGAUAUCCCCAAUAUUGCCUGGUACGACGAGCCCUUGUACCUCCUGCGCCAAGUCCAGAAAGCUCGUUCGAUCUCGAAGAAGACGCUGCUGACGGCAUUGCGGUUCCAGCAGGGCGAGUUGGUGCGCAUGUCGAUCUGGAUUGGAUCCAGUUACACAGUGGAGAAUGUUGCUGCGUACGGCAUGUUCAAGCUACUGGAGUAUCUUGCCGAUCCAAGCGGUGCCACAUAUAGUCCUUGGCUGUGGGUGUUACUCAUGUUUCUUGGUCCCUUGGUCCGGUCCAUCUGCUUUCAACAGUACAUAUUCACUUCCACCAGGCUCGUUGUGCGAAUAAAAUCCGCCUUCACCCAGGAGUUGUAUUACACUGCCCUCGAUUCCAUGGAACUGGAAGAAGACCCAUUCGAGUUGCACUCCAAUACCAAGACAGAAGGUAAAGAGAAAAAGGGGGCGCCCAAGAGUACCUCAGCCGGCCGCUUGUCAAAUCUCAUGGCUUCAGAUGUGGACGCCAUUUACAGAGCCCGAGACAUGGUCAUGGCCACUGUCGGAGUCCCGCUAGGGACCAUCAUUUCUCUUGUUGGCAUGUACCGGAUGCUCGGAUGGGCUUGUUUGGUUGGUACUGCCAUCCUGGCUUUGGCGACCCCCGUGUCUGUCUGGAUAGGACAAAGAAUGUACUUUUCCCAAAGGCAGGUUAGGAAGGCCCAGGAUUCUCGCAUGUCGUUAGUGACAGAGUAUCUAGCCUCCCUGAGAGCCAUCAAGUACUUUUCGUGGGAGACACCCAUCACAGAAAAGAUCAUCGAGGCUCGUGCAGCUGAGCAAAAGGAGUUGUGGAGAGUUUCCGUCCUUCAGGCCGUCCUGAACCAAAUCACCCAGGUCUUCCCGUUCCUCUCUUUACUCGUGAUGUUCGCGCUUCACGUGGGCCUCGAGAAGCAUCGUCUCGAUGCCGCCACCGCAUUUACCUCUGUUUAUCUCGUCAAGAACAUUCGCAGGAACAUUAUGCAGGCCAGCUCCUUUGCUCGCAACUUUGCAGCCGCACUGGUAUCGGUCAGCCGUCUUGACAAGUACUUUGAAAGCACGGUACCACUUACCCGCUACCCAGUAGGUCCUCUGCGGAUCAAAGGGGGUUCGUUCCGACGGAACAAAAAGGCCACCUUCAGCCUGAAUGAUAUCUCACUUGACUUCGCUCAAGGAGGUUUGAACGCCGUUAGCGGUCCCAGUGGAAGUGGAAAGUCCACUCUGCUGCUGGCAAUCCUUGGAGAGACAUAUAUCGAGGGCGGAUCUGUGACAAGGCCCGAAGAUGUAGCGUUUGCUUCACAAUCCGCGUGGCUUCAGAAUGACACUAUUCAGGCCAAUAUUCUGUUCGGCAGUCCUAUGGAAAAGGUACGGUAUGAUCGCGUCAUUGAGGCUUGCUGUCUUCGAGAAGACUUCAAAGAGCUACCGAACAGGGACCAGACGACAGUGGGUGAGAACGGAACAUCGCUUUCGGGAGGUCAAAAAGCUCGCGUAGCUUUGGCCAGAGCGCUUUACUCAAAAGCACCUCUUCUGCUGCUGGAUGACAUACUCGCAGCGCUGGAUGCCAAGACUGCGGCCGGUGUCUGGAAGCAUUGCUUUUGCAGUGAUCUUCUGACUGGUAGGACCACCGUCCUGGUGACCAAUAUACCCUGGAUUUCGGAACAAGCAGACUUCUCGAUCUCGCUGGAGAAUGGGCAGGUCAAGCUCGCGGAGACACAAAUCGGCGUUGUGCGCAAGCCCAUUGCUCUAGCGCAAGUUCUAGGAGGCGAUAUCGAGGACGCCGAAACGCCAGACGAAGUCGAGGGUGGCCUUCAGUCCGAUAGUACCACUUUGAACGAAUCGACCGAAAGUGCGGAGGUAAAGCCUGACAAUGAUAUUGUGAACCAGGAAAUGAAGGCAUCUGGAAAAUUGGGCCGCCUUACUUCCUUGCAAUACAUGAGCUACUUUGGACACCCUGCCUUUGUGAGCGUAAUUAUGGGUUUCCUACUCCUCCCUCACAUCUUCAGCUUUGUUGGGACUCUCUGGCUCUCCGUCUGGGUGGAGGCGUACAACCACCAGGCCCAUGUGGACAUCGCAUACUACAUGGGUAUCUAUGCCGUGCUCACGCUCCUAGAUAUUGGUUUCACCUCGGUCGUCAUCGUCAUGUUCGAAUGGGGAGCAUGGAGGGCCGCCCGGCGCCUGCACAACGAUUUCAUCCGGGCCAUCAUGCGUGUCUCGCUGUCGUGGUUCAAGCACAUCCCUAUUGGUCGCAUCACGAACCGUUUCUCUAGCGACAUGGCGUCCAUCGACGGUAUGCUCAGCAUGAUGCUGCGGGCUACUAUUGACUCGAUUUUCAUGAUGAUCUUUCGUCUCGGUGCCGUCAGCACCAUCAUGCCCAUAUUCAUGGUCCCGGCCCUCUUCACCUGUCUGUUUGGCGUCCUCAUCGGCGAGAUGUACACUCGAACUGCUGUCGUCAUUAAGCGUCUCACAUCCUCGGCUCAGUCUCCUGUCUUCUCCCAGUUUGCUGAUACACUCGCGGGGUUGUCUGUUAUCCGUGCCAGAGCAGGCAUGUCGGAGGCGUUCCGUGAGGAGUUGGCAGCGAAGUUGCGCGCCUGGUCGGCCGCAGCCGAGGCCAACUUCAAUGCGAACCGCUGGGUGGCGGUUCGCGUGGACUUUGUUACCGCCCUGGUGGCUCUCUCCGCCGGCAUUAUCGCCGUGUCCCAGGCCGGUCUGAUUUCUGCUGGUCUUGUCGGCUUCUCGCUCACUAACGCCAACGGUCUGAGCCAGACGAUUCUGAUGCUAGUUAGGUGCAUGAACGAUCUCGAGGUGGAAAUGCAGAGCUUCCACCGAGUCAAGGAGUAUGUCAAGUUAGAACCCGAGGAGAAGGGCGAUGAGACCUACCCCGAGGAGGGCGAGUACACCGACGACCCAUCCCAUGUGAUCCCCAAAGGCUGGCCACGGUUUGGCGACAUUGAGUUCCGAAAUGUCACCAUUCGAUAUGAUCCUGAGGGCCCGGACAUUCUCACCGACGUAAACCUCAAGUUCAAGGCUGGCGAACGGGUGGCCAUUGUGGGCCGCACAGGUUCCGGCAAGAGUACAUUGGUCCUCUCUCUCCUCCGCUUCACGAACGUCGUCUCAGGGCAGAUUCUCUAUGAUGGCGUCGACAUCACCAAGGUUCCCCGUCACCGCCUCCGCGAGGGCCUGACUAUCAUCCCCCAAGAAGCUGUUCUUUUCAACGGUACCGUGGAGUCCAACCUCGACCCAGGCGGCAAUGUUCCCAAGGACCUCUUGGACAAGGCCCUAGACAACUGCAAGGGCAUCGCAUCAUUCUCUGCGCAAAACUCCGACGACGAAGACGAACACACCGCCAGCGCGAUAGAUGACGUCCACAGUAACGCUAUAUCUCUAGACACCGACGUCGACGCCCGUGGUGAGAACUUCUCCCACGGCCAGCGCCAGGUCCUUUCGCUCUGUCGCGCGCUCAUCCGCCAGAGCAAACUGAUGCUCCUCGAUGAAGCGACUGCCAGCAUGGACUACGAGACAGACCGGGGCAUUCAGCGGGUUCUCCGGCGGGAACUUGAGGAGGCCGGAGGCGACCGUACGCUCGUUACGAUUGCCCACCGAUUGCGCACCAUCAUAGACUACGACACAGUGGUCGUCAUGAGCGCUGGACGCGUUCUCGAGUGCGGCUCCCCUAAAGACUUGUAUAACUCUAGGGGCCAGUUCUACGACAUGGUGUAUCACAGUGGCGAGAUGGAAGAUCUACAAGCUAUGCUAGAGGAGUAGGAGAUUUGGGAUGCAUACAAAAAGGGGCAUUUGGUUUUGGCUUCAUGAUACCUAGUCAGAAGUGAGGAGUGUGACACAAAAUGGUACCAGAUAAUGAUGAUGUGCAUCUCUGGAGAGGACUACCAUCAAUAAAGGAAGGGGUACAUCCGAGACAGAUAGAAGCAUGCCUUGGUUUUAGUAGAUCCGGCGACGAUGACGAUGAGGCAAGUUGGGUAAGCAGUUAAAAAGAAAUGUCAAAUUUGAAUCCCUAAGACUGUCCCUUCACUCAUAUCACGCAACGAUGCUUUGUAUAGUUUCCCUUAACUGCCUACCUCU